AGCGUCAUCAGCUCCCCACCACCACCCCAGUUUCUAUAAAUACGGACUGCAGCCCUCCCCGGUGCUCUCUGCUCCUCCCUGUUCUAGACGCAGCCGCAUCUCUUCGUGCAGUGCCAGCCCCGUUCCUGAGACACAAUGGUGAAGGUCGGAGUGAACGGAUUUGGCCGUAUUGGACGCCUGGUUACCAGGGCUGCCUUCACUUCUGGCAAAGUGGACAUUGUUGCCAUCAAUGACCCCUUCAUUGACCUCAACUACAUGGUCUACAUGUUCCAGUAUGACUCUACCCAUGGCAAGUUCAAAGGCACAGUCAAGGCUGAGAACGGGAAGCUUGUCAUCAACGGGAAGGCCAUCACCAUCUUCCAGGAGCGAGAUCCCACCAACAUCAAAUGGGGUGAUGCUGGUGCCGAGUAUGUUGUGGAGUCUACUGGCGUCUUCACCACCAUGGAGAAGGCUGGGGCCCACUUGAAGGGUGGAGCCAAGAGGGUCAUCAUCUCCGCACCUUCUGCUGAUGCCCCCAUGUUUGUGAUGGGUGUGAACCAUGACAAGUAUGACAACUCCCUCAAGAUUGUCAGCAAUGCAUCCUGCACCACCAACUGCUUAGCCCCCCUGGCCAAGGUCAUCCAUGACAACUUUGGCAUUGUGGAAGGACUCAUGACCACAGUCCAUGCCAUCACGGCCACCCAGAAGACUGUGGAUGGCCCCUCCGGGAAGCUGUGGCGUGAUGGCCGUGGGGCUGCCCAGAACAUCAUCCCUGCAUCCACUGGUGCUGCCAAGGCUGUGGGCAAGGUCAUCCCAGAGCUGAACGGGAAGCUCACUGGCAUGGCCUUCCGUGUUCCUACCCCCAACGUGUCCGUCGUGGAUCUCACAUGUCGCCUGGAGAAAGCUGCCAAGUAUGAAGACAUCAAGAAGGUGGUGAAGCAGGCAUCCGAGGGCCCACUGAAGGGCAUCCUGGGCUACACCGAGGACCAGGUUGUCUCCUGCGACUUCAACAGUGACUCCCACUCUUCCACCUUUGAUGCUGGGGCUGGCAUUGCUCUCAAUGACAACUUCGUAAAGCUCAUCUCCUGGUAUGACAAUGAAUUCGGCUACAGCAACAGGGUGGUGGACCUCAUGGCCUACAUGGCCUCCAAGGAGUAAGAGACCCACCCUGGAUCAUCCAUCCACCCCAGCAAGGACUCAAGCAAGAGAGAGGCCCUGGCUGCUGAGCAGUCCCUGUCCACCAACCCCCACACUGGUCAUCUCCCUCACAGUUUCCAUCCCAGACCCCCAGAAUAAAGGAGGGGCUUAGGGAGCCCUGCUCUCUUGAAUACCAUCAAUAAAGUUCACUAGACCCGUC